AAUUGUUGUACUGCGUCACUAACAGGUGCAUGACAGAAAAUAAAUCAUAGCUAAAGUACAGGUGGAGUUUUUCUGAUCUUUUAAUACGGAUACUCACCUAUGGAGCAAGGACAGGCUGAGUCUCCUCCCUCAUAUGAUUCUGUGGUGAAUCACAACACGCCUCCUCCUUCAUAUCCAAGUCUUCAGACAUCGUCAGCCACCCAAGACCACCCGUACUACAUAGCUCAGCCAGUACAUCAAACACCUGCUCCUUGUGUUGUACAGACAAUCCCGACACAGAGAAGUCAAAUUCCUUCAAACAAUACAAAUAUGAACAAAAGGUAUUGCUAUGGCGGGUCAGGUGGUACUGUUGUAAUAGUUGUUCUGGUUGUGAUUGCCGUCUGGCUGGGAGUGCGUUAUGGGCCAUCACUGUGGGCUCUGUCAGAGAAAGAAACAGAGACAGACACAUGCCCCCCUUUAUCAGUCAACUGUGAUGGGAAGAGAGACUGUUCUCAAGGCAGUGAUGAAUCUCGCUGUGUGAGGUUCGGUACAGCAAAUGAACUGCAGGUCAUGACCUCUAAGACCAAAAGCUUUCUUCCCGUCUGUGCACAGGGCUGGAAUAAAACUGUAGCAGACCAAACCUGCCAACAGCUUGGUUUCAGACAGAGUUAUAAAGAUGAUGUCUUGCAAACCAGCUCAUCCACCUUUCAAAGUUUGAACAGUCAGUUUACAAAUACCAUUCAAGGGAGUGUUAAUAUGAGUGCAUCCUGUCCUGGUCAGAAGACUGUGUCCCUGCAGUGCAGCAAGUGUGGACAGCCAUCAGUAUCGAGGAUCGUAGGGGGGAAAGUGGCUGCUGACGGUCAGUGGCCGUGGCAGGCCAGUCUGCAUUUCCAAGGGGAUCACACAUGUGGAGGAACUCUAGUGGCUCCAGACUUCAUCAUUACUGCUGCUCACUGCUUCCCCAAAGGAACAUCCAGCUCUCAGUUGCCUAACUGGAAAGUGUAUAUUGGUUUGGUGUCCCAGCUCCAGCUUCCCAGCCCAUAUUAUGUAAAACAAAUCAUUUUACAUGAGAAUUAUGACUCAACGACAAAAAACAAUGAUAUUGCCUUGCUAAAACUCAGUAAACCUGCAAGUAAUAUACAGCCUGUCUGCCUGCCUGUGUUUGGCCAGAUGUUUCCUGCUGGGAAACAGUGCUGGACCACAGGUUUUGGACUUACCUUUGAAGGGGCAGAUAGUAUCUCCACUUAUUUGAUGGAGGUCGCAGUAGACCUGAUAGACUCAGCUGUGUGUAAAUCAAAUACUGUUUACGGCGGACGUAUCACUGAGCAAAUGCAGUGUGCAGGAGAUCUUAGGGGAGGGAAAGACUCCUGCCAGGGCGACAGUGGGGGUCCACUGGUGUGUAAAGUUGAUGACAAAUGGUAUCUCACAGGCGUAACAAGUUGGGGCGAUGGCUGUGGAAGGCGGAACCGUCCAGGGGUCUACAGUAAUGUUGGGCAACUUUUAAUGUGGAUAUAUGGCAAGAUGCAGCAACAGCGACCGUGACCUUCUACAACAAUGAAGAACAAAUCAUCAUGUUCUACUCUGCCGUGUAAACAUUUUUAUGUACCAAUAUAUA